AUGCUUGAUAAAGAAUUCGCAAGUCAAUUUACAAAUGAUUGGAUUAAUUCAUGGAAUAGUCAUGAUAUUCAGAAGAUAAUGAGUCAUUAUGAUGAUUCGAUUAGUUUUACAUCACCAUUGAUAAUUCAAUUCAACAAUGAUCCAACUGGAACAAUUUCGAAUAAAAAAGAUUUAGAAGAUUAUUUUAUUCGAGCGUUGAAAAAAUUUCCUGAUUUACAUUUUGAGCUUUUGAGUACUUUCAUCUCAGUUAAUUCAUUGGUCAUUCAUUAUAAAAGUGUGAAUAACAUGAUCGCAAUGGAAUACUUUGAAUUCAACGAUCGAAAUCAACUCGUCAAAGUCAAAGCACACUAUUCAUACUGA